GUCGCGCUGUCCCCCCCACUCCCGCGCUUUGCGGCCGCGGCCCGGCCUUCUCUCCCAGCUCUCCAAGAUGGCGGUGUCCGGGACGCUGUACACGUACCCCGAGAACUGGCGCGCCUUCAAGGCUCUCAUCGCUGCCCAGUACUCGGGCGCUCGGCUCCGCGUCCUCUCGACGCCCCCCCAGUUCCACUUCGGCCACACCAACCGCAGCCCGCAGUUCCUGCAGAAGUUCCCGCUGGGGAAGGUGCCGGCGUUCGAGGGCGACGACGGAUUCUGCGUCUUCGAGAGCAACGCCAUCGCCUACUAUGUGAGCACGGAGGAGCUGCGGGGCAGCACCCCUGAGGCCGCAGCAGCCGUGCUGCAGUGGGUGAACUUCGCUGACAGCGACGUGGUGCCCCCGGCCAGCACCUGGGUGUUCCCCACGCUGGGGAUCCUGCACUACAACAAACAGGCCACCGAGGUGGCGAAGGAGGAGGUGCGCCGGGUGCUGGGGGUGCUGGACGGGCACCUGAGAACCAGAACGUUCCUGGUGGGGGAGAGGGUGAGCCUGGCCGACAUCAGCCUGGUGUGCGCCCUGCUCUGGCUCUACAAACAGGUGCUGGACCCCGCGUUCCGGGGCCCCUUCGGGAACGUGAACCGCUGGUUCCUCACCUGCCUGAACCAGCCCCAGUUCAAGGCCGUGCUGGGCGAGGUGCAGCUGUGCCAGAGGAUGGCGCAGUUCGACGCCAAGAAGUUUGCGGAGAGCCAGGCCCGGAAGGACAAGGACAAGGACAAGGACAAGGACAAGGACAAGGAGACCCCCAGGAAGGAGAAGGAGCCCCCCAGGAAGGAGAAGCCCCCCAAGAAGGAGGAGAAGCGGCCGGAGCCCGACGAGGACCUGGACGAGUGCGAGCAGGUCCUGGCGGCCGAGCCCAAGGCCAAGGACCCCUUCGCCCACCUGCCCAAGAGCCCGUUUGUCCUGGACGAGUUCAAGCGCAAGUACUCCAACGAGGACACGCUGUCGGUGGCGCUGCCGCAUUUCUGGGAGCACUUUGACCCGCAGGGCUGGUCACUCUGGUACUGCCAGUACCGGUACCCCGAGGAGCUGAGCCAGACCUUCAUGAGCUGCAACCUCAUCACAGGGAUGUUCCAGCGCCUGGACAAGCUGCGCAAGAACGCCUUCGCCUCGGUGCUGCUCUUCGGGGGCGACGGCGACAGCAGCAUCUCGGGGGUCUGGGUGAUGCGGGGCCAGGAGCUGGCCUUCACGCUGUGCCCGGACUGGCAGGUGGAUUACGAGUCCUACACCUGGCGCAAGCUGGACCCCGAGAGCGCCGAGUGCCGGACGCUGGUGCAGGAAUAUUUCCUGUGGGAGGGCGAGUUCCGGCACGUGGGGAAGCCCUUCAACCAGGGCAAGAUCUUCAAGUGAAAUUGGGCUGAAAUCCCGGGAUUUUGGGGUUUCAAAUCCUGGGAAUUGAACCCUUCAACCAGGGCAAGAUCUUCAAAUAGAUUUGGGCUGAAAUCCCGGGAAUUUGGGGUGAAAUCCCGGGAUUUUGGGGCUGAAAUCCCGGGAAUUUGGGGCUGAAAUCCCGGGAUUUUGGGGUUUGAAAUCCCGGGAUUUUGGGGUUUGAAAUCCUGGGACUCAGAACCUUUCAACCAGGGCAAGAUCUUCAAAUAGAUUUGGGGUGAAAUCCCAGGAAUUUGGGGUUUGAAAUCCUGGGAUUUUGGGUUCAAAUCCCGAGAUUUUUCAGCUCUUCGACCACGGCAAGAUCUUUGAGUGAAAUUUGGGGUGAAACCCCGGGAUUUUGGGGUCAAAUUCUGGGAUUUUGGGCUGAAAUCCACAUAUUUUGGGGUCAAAUCCCGGGAUUUCAGAACCCUUCAAUCAGGUCAAGAUCUUCAAAUAGAUUUGGGCUGAAAUCCCAGGGUUUUGGGGUUUGAAAUCCCGGGGUUUUGGGUUCAAAUCCUGGGAUUUUGGGGCUCUCAGCCAAGGCAGGAUGGUCAAGCCACGCCCUGGAAUUUUGGGUUCAAAUCCCGGGAUUUCGGGGCCCUCCGGUUCUCCAGCCCCGAUCCAAUAAAAAAAAAAACUUCGGACAGGA